UGUGUUGUUCACAGAUGUGGAUGUGACCAGUGUUGAGAGAGCUGCUAAACCAGUUUGUUUCAAUAGUACAGAUGCUCCUUCAGCGCCUCUGAGGAUCCUGUCAUUUCAGUGCCGCAGCCCCCUCGUCGCAUCUACGCAAAUUACGGUGAGGAUGUUGAACAUUUGCGCCAGUGACAAACGCGCUUAGGGAACAUUUGCUUUUAAUAAAUCAACAAACAACUAUAGAGGGCGUCCGUUUUUGAAAUGAUCUCCUAAAUAGACCGCAUUCCUGCGUGUGUGUCAGGUAGGAGGUCGAUGCACGCGCGCUUAUGCGUCAUUCUCGCUGCGGACAGUUUUCGCGGGUUUACGGUAAAAAAACGGCCUCAAGUUUGUCUACGUUGAAUGUUACGGCAAACCUACGCCUUGGGAGUUGUGAUGGAGUACAAGUUAUCCAGAAGUUUAAGUCUACCUCGGAAAUAACCUUCGAGACUACGAGGGUUUACGCUGACAUUUCGUGACGACGGUUUCUUUGUUGGUGUGUUGCGGUCUAGUAGCCUUAUGGCUAGUCCUGAGUCUAAAGCAGCUCAAAGGUGGCGGAAAUGUGUGGACUCCAUUACUGAAGAUCAGCUGAAAUCUAUUGAAAACAACAGUGAGAAGCGUGACUUUAUUGUGGUCCAUCACCUGGCAGACUUGAAGGGGGGAUCCAUCUCUCCUCUCAUUUAUGGAACACCGAUCACCUGCAAAGUGGAAAACACAGAGCGAUACACCACCCGCUCCAAGGUACAUGUGUGCACUCUAUACACAGUUCGUCUGACACAUGGCGAGUUCACAUGGACGGUGAAAAGAAAGUACAAGCACUUCCAGGAACUCCACCGGGACCUGUACAAACACAAAGUGAUGCUGCAAUUCUUGCCUCUAGGGAGAUUUGCAAUACAGAGACAACAGCUGGCAGGUUUGACGGAGGAGAUGCCGACUUUACAUGGAACUGAUAGAAUCAGGAGAACGUCGAGUAAACCGAAAUAUCUGGAGGAGUAUCUAAACAACUUGCUAGAAAACACCUUCUACAAGAACUAUCAUGGGAUGAUGGACUUCUUGGCGAUCAGUCCAUUGUCAUUCAUCAGAGACCUUGGACCCAAAGGCCUUGAAGGUUAUAUUCUGAAACGGUCGGGGGGUCACCGCAUCCAAGGGCUCAACUGUAUCGGACACCAUCAGUUCUGCUUUCGCUGGUCUCGCCGCUGGCUUGUGGUGAAGGAUUCGUUCCUCUUGUACAUGUCCAGAGAUCCUGGCAUUGUGUCGUUUGUUCUGCUGUUUGACCCCGAGCUGAAGGUGCUGGUUGGACGUGUUUACACUGAUAUCCAACAUGGCGUUUGCAUCGAGAAUUUCGGCAGGAAGCUGGUGAUCAAGUGCAGCAGUUACAGGCAGGCUCAGUGGUGGAGUCAUGAGAUUCGCAGUCUCUCUGAGCGCUGUGAUUUCUAUAAGCUGCAUCGAUUUGAAGGCUUUGCCCCACCCAGACCGGACACCCUCACAAAGUGGUAUGUUAAUGGCCAUGGCUAUUUCUCAGACCUGGCUGAUGCACUGGAACAGGCCAAGGAGGAGAUCUUCAUCACUGAUUGGUGGCUCAGUCCAGAGGUUUUCCUCAAACGACCGGCAACUGGAACAUACUGGCGCUUGGACAAGAUUCUCAAACGCAAAGCAGAACAGGGAGUAAAGGUGUGUGUGCUGUUGUAUAAGGAGGUUGAACUGGCUUUGGGCAUCAACAGUGGAUACAGCAAAAGAAAACUGAUGAGCCUGCAUCCCAAUAUCAAGGUGAUGCGUCACCCUGAUCAUGUGGCCUCAGUUGUAGUCCUCUGGGCCCAUCACGAAAAAAUGGUCGCCAUCGACCAAUCGGUGGCCUUCGUGGGUGGGUUGGACCUUGCAUUUGGGAGGUGGGAUGACAGCGAUUAUAGGCUGAGCGAUCUGGAUUCCCCAAAACAACCCAGUCCUCCAGAGGCAGCGUCAGAGCUUCCCACUCCCUCUUUGUCUCAGGGUGACACUGUGGACGGCUCUGCAGUUCCUCUGACACAGCCUGCGUCAGAGUGUGAGGAUGAAGUAGAUCUGAGCUGUAAUGCCCUCUUGUGGCUGGGAAAAGAUUACAGCAACUUUAUCAAGAGGGACUGGACACAGCUGGAUCAGCCUUUCCAAGACAAUGUUGACAGAACUCAGGUGCCACGCAUCCCCUGGCGAGACCUGGGUGCAGCGCAUCAUGGAAAAGCAGCCAGAGAUCUGGCACGACAUUUCAUCCAGCGCUGGAACUUCACUAAGAUUUUUAAGAACAAGUAUAAGGAUGAUUUCUACCCAUAUCUCCUGCCAAAAUCUCACUGCACAUCAGACACACUGCCAUUCAGCAUCCCCGGUGCAACAAAAGCCUCUGUACAGGUUCUUCGUUCAGUUGAUCGCUGGUCUGCUGGCACAUGUGAACACUCAAUCCUCAAUGCUUAUGUGCAUGUUAUUGAGAACAGCCAGCAUUACAUUUAUCUAGAGAAUCAGUUCUUCAUCAGCUGCGCUGAAGAGAAGAAUGUCCAAAACACCAUCGGAGAUGCCAUUGUCAAGCGGAUCCUGCGAGCUCACAGCGAGGGGAAGAAGUUCAGGGUGUUCGUUGUCAUUCCUCUGCUGCCCGGCUUUGAGGGAGACAUCAGUCAGGGUGGAGGAAAUGCCAUUCAAGCAAUACUGCACUUCACCUACAGAACGAUUAAUCGAGGAGAACACUCCAUUCUUUCAAGAUUAAAGGAACAAAUGCAGGACAAAUGGACGCAGUAUUUCUCUCUGUGUGGUUUGCGGACACACUCUCAGCUCGGCUCGUCUCCUGUUACAGAGCUCAUCUAUGUGCAUAGCAAAGCCCUCAUCGCAGACGACCGAUGCUACAUCAUAGGGUCAGCGAACAUCAAUGAUAGGAGCAUGCUGGGUACUCGCGACAGUGAGCUGGCAGUGCUGGUGGAGGAUGAGGAAAGAAUUUCUUCAGUCAUGGACGGAGAGGAGUACCAGGCUGGACCGCUGGCACUAGCCUUACGAAAGGAGUGCUUCAGUGUACUACUUGGAGCAAAAUCUGAUCCAUCUCUGGACAUUGAUGAUCCAAUCAGUGAUCAUUUCUUCAACGAUGUCUGGAACAAAGUCGCUCAAACAAAUGCCAUCAUCUAUGAGAAGGUCUUCCGAUGUCUUCCACUGGACUCCAUCCGCAACCUGCGUGAGCUGAUGGAGCACAAAAACUCAGAGAACCUCAGUCUUACCGACCCGGAGAAAGCCAGAGAAGAGCUCCAGGCAAUACGGGGCAUCCUGGUUCAUUUCCCACUGCACUUUCUGUGCGAGGAGAACCUGCUCCCGCCACUCAAAAGCAAAGAAGGAAUUGUUCCUAUCGAGGUGUGGACGUAGCAGGGAAGAGUAAAUGGUCUGUAGUGUGCCAGUAAAAAUCAAAACUUACCAAGAAGGUACGGUGGUGACCAACACAUUUUUGGUUUAGACCAGGGGUGCCCAAACUCAGUCCUGGAGGGACGGUGUCUUGCAAAGUUUAAUUUUAACCCCAAUCAGACACACCUGAGCUAGCCAGUCAAGAUCGUACUUCUGUAGGCUUUCUAGAAACAUCCUUGCAGGUGUGUUGAGGCAAGUUGGAGCUAAAAUCUGCAGUACAUCUGCCGUCCAAGACCAAGUUUGGGCACCCCUGGUUUAGACUGAAGUAAUGGAUGAUUAGCUCUAAACACUAACCCAGAUAUAGAGUAGAAUGAUCUCUUUAAACAUUAAUAACAUGAUAAUGAGCAGUGCAGUGCCAAACGACCUUGAUGUUCUCCCCAAAUACCCAUUACAACCACAUAAGUCGUGAUCUGAGUAUUUUAGAUGGCCGAAAGUUGCAUAUGAAGGAUGGAAUGAGAAUAAGAAAGGAGAGAUGAGCAAAUAAGGUGAAAAAGAGAAAAUCCAAAUUUCAAAAUAUUGUACUUCUCCUAACCCAGUGAGAUGCUGUGGUAAUGACCACCACUGUUUUGUCAAUUUUGGUUUAGACUAAACGAAUGUACGAUUAACGCAACCACAGAAGAAGGAACACAUGAUGAUCAUGUGUGAGAAAUUUAUAAAGCCUUCAUACCAGGAGAAUCAAACAGUGCAGUUGCUUAUACAUCACAAUGCCGCCAAAUGACUUUCCAGCAAGCAUUUUUUGUUUUUAAAAGUUGACUAAUAGAUGUCUAAACAUUGUCGUCUUGGCUAAAACAAGGCUUAAUUUGGGCUGUCAGUGAAAUAUUAAUAGAUGUCUAAGAAUAGGCCAAAACUAGACUAGUCAUCAAAUAAACAGAAAAGAAUGGCUACACAUAUAAAGUAUGUCAAAUCUGUCUAUUUGAGGACUAGUCUAGUUUUGGGCUAUUUUUUGUCUACUUUUAGAUGUCUAUUAGAUGUCUAUUAAACAUGAAAUUGUUUGCUGGGUUUGAUGUUCUCCCUAAACACCAUUACAGCCACAAAAGUCGUGAUCUGAGUAUUUAAGAUGGCUGAAAGUUGCAUAUGGAGGGUAGAAUGAGAACGAGGAAGUAGAGAUGAGAAAAUAUCAUCCUAUUUGGUUUGGACUAAAGUAAUGUACGAUUCGCUCUGAACACUAAGGCAAACACAGUAGAAGAAACACAUGAUGUUCAUGUGUGAGAAUCUAAAAUGCAUUUAUACCAGGAGAAUCAAACAGUGCAGUUGCUAAUGUAUGAAAAUGCAAUGAAAUGACUGUGAAAUUGUAUCCAAAUGGCCAUUAUGUCCGUGAAAGUCCUGAUCUGAGCGUUUAAGAUGGCCGAGUGCUGCAUAUUGAGGGUGGAAUGAGAACGAGGAACAGUGAGAAAAGCGAACGAGGUGAAAAAGAGAGAGAGAGAGAGAGUUUUUUUGAUGGCCGAGGAACAGAACGUACAUUUAUUGUUGUGAAUGUGUGUGGGCGGUUAGCGUUGCUUUACCUUCUCUUCCCUCUCUCUUUAUUUCGUUCUUGCGUGCACUACACCUCUCAAUGCAGUGGCAGCAAAUCUGUCAGAACAUUUGUGGUUGUUAUGGUGACGGGUAUAAAGAGCUGACUUGGUCUUGGCUGCUGAGAGGAGAGAUAGAGAGAACGAAAAGAAGAAGAGAUCGAGAAGAGAAUGAAAAAAUAGUCAAACCGUUAAAAACAGGGAUGGAGGUUAGAGAGGAGAGAAAAGUACCAGUGUACUUGGUCACGAAAAUUACGUAAUUUAUGUGUGUGCGCGGGUUUUGUCUUUUUAAAAAAGCAGGUAGGGAGGAGUGUUACGGAGCAGGGAUCAGGUGGGGCAUCAAACAUGGUGAGAUAUUCAGGGGGAGUCUCAGCUCAACAUUUAUCAGCCCCCCUUCCCAAUCUCCAUGACAACCAGGAGAAAUUAUUGUUAUGCAAUAAUGUCAGCAGCCCAGAAGAUUCCACUUUGGGUUUUUCGGAAGGGGUUUCGACACUAGUGGAGAAGCACACUGGAGGCCAGAAAGGCAAAGCUAAAUUUAUCAAUGCCCCACUUAAUAAGUGAUCAUCACUAAUCUGCCCGUGUACUGUGGAAUGCUAUAGAUGACUUGCACUGCACUAGAAGAGAAUGUUUUAGGGUUUGACCACUAGAGAUAUGAUCAUUAAUAUACUCUAACAUUCCAAUCACGUCAAGCAAUCACCUUUAAGAACUGACAAUUAUGCUUUUUAACAACAAAACACUCCACACCUGUUCAGACAAACUAACAUAUCUGCUCUUUUUUUUUUGCACAUUUUAUACUUCUAAUGUAAAUAGAAUUGCUUUUUUUAAGAAAGCAUAUAGAACUUACAGACUAAUACUUAAAUUAAUCUAUGCUAACACUAUGUGUUUUUACUACUUCUGGACAUCUAGGGUCUGUUCUUCGUACGUGAUUUACUCAAUUAGCUGGAUUUGAUUAUUGACGAUUUGACACGAUCCAGGAUGGUUUCGUUCUUCAAAACUCAUCCGAGAGUUGUUGUCAUGGCAACAGUUCUGGUAGCUCAAACCUGCUCAGGAGCAGCAGCUUACUUUAUAUAAACAGGAUUAGAUCAGGUCAUUUUGAGCGAAGGUAAUACUGAAAGUAUUUACCGAAUUCUAAUAUUUUUUGACAGUAGUAACCUAUAUAUUACAAAUACUAGGGAAAACAGAUAAAUUUAUAAUAAAAAAAUACGUUUUUUAGAAAUUACAAAUAAAAUGUAUGCAAUCUAUACUUCAAAAUAAAAGUACAAAAACUGUCACGGAGGUGUUGUCUCCCCAAGGGGUUGAAGAGAACAUUAAUUAAUAUGGACUUUUUUUAAGGUAAGGAACAAUUCAUGCAAUCAUGCACAUUUUGACAGCUAUGCAGGUAAUUUGAUGCUUCACCAAUGUUGAUACCUUUACCAAUAUCAAAUGCUUUUUUGAUGCAAAAUUAAUUUAAACAGCCAGUUAUUAAGACACUUUGAAUAGGCCUACUAAUCUGAGCAUGCAGCCCACAACAAAGGGGCAAAGUUAUUGUGUAUCAUAUUUAUCAAACCGUUUGCUACGAAUUUUAUGUAAUUUUGCUUAUUUGCACUUUUUAAAAAAGCAAAUUAACCAGAGAUCAGUUAUCAAGAUUAACAGAUCCAAGAUCUGCCAAAUCAUCUUAGAUCAUUUAUGCGAGGUACAAAGAACGGACCCCUGGUGUAGAUAGGGUCGAUGACAUGAACCUUUCUUCAGAUAAAAACGAGGCUGUGAAAGAUGAGCUGUGAUUUCUGAAAAUAACUGUUUUAUGAAGUUUCAGUCUGCUGAAAGUGUUUAAAGCAGUUGAUAUGUUGUUAAACAACAGUACUAUAUAAUGAACACACUUCUAACUCUCGCAACCUGGUUUUCAUUACCGUCAGACAUGUGCUACCCUGACUAAAGGUUUAUGAACUAAACUACAAAAGACUGUUUUUCUAAAUGUAUGACAUGCAGUUUUGGUUCAAUGGCUAUAAAUGACAUAUCAUGGCUGUUUGUAAGCAACUGAGCAAUCAAUAUUUUUUUCGUUCAUCUGUUCUCUGACUUAAUAAAUAAAUAUAUAUUCUAUAAUUAA